AGGACUGCACAAGUUGAAUGUUCACACAACUUCCAGUACACUACAAGCUGAAGUAUAGGCUAUCCAGUUUAAGAAUGGGGGGACUGACUCUGACCCUGCUGCURCUGUGUCUGUCUGGGACUCUCAGUGAAGAUGCUGGAGAAGACAACCUGAAUGACAUCAUGGUACAGAUUCAGCCUGAACAGGGACAGAACAUAGAGAAUGAAUACAAGGCUCACAACCAACACUCUGAACAGGAACAGGACAUAGAAAGUGAAGUCAUYUUCAAACAGAAUCAAGCACCAUCCCUAGCAGAGACAAACGGUAGCUGCCAGCCAGACAUGUGUAACCUUCUUAGGCAUCUGGGAGCCAUGGAGGCCAGACUGACCACUGCAGAGAACCAGGUGGAAGAAUUGAGUAACAUGGAGGCUAUUGCUGCUCUUCUACAGAGAGAAACUGAAUUUCAAGCAGCCCAGCUCAGAGUCAUGGAGACCAAGCUGAGCACCAGUGAGAGCCUGAUGAAGAGCAUGACGAGAGAGAAUGAAGUACAGGAGAGGAAGCUUCAAGUAUUGUCAUUUWGAGUCAACGCCACUGAGUUCAGAGUGGAGCAACAGCAAAUCCUGCUGGACGAACUGAGGAGACAGAAUGACGGACCAAAGAUUGCUUUUACGGCAGCACUAGGAGGAGAUGGCCAUAUACCGCCCUCUGAGAGAGAGACCAACUUGGCAUUCAGCAAUGUCUUCACAAACGUUGGCGGUGCCUACAACCCUGGAUCAGGUGUCUUCAAUGUGCCAGUGAAAGGAGUCUACUACUUCAGCUUCUCAUCAUUUGCCUUCAGCCAGCACAAUGUCUGUGUAAGUCUGUUUAAGAAUAAUGUGCGCAUGUUGUCUGCGUGUGAUCAUCAUUCAGAGCAUGAUAGAUCUGAUAGUUCUGGUAAUGGAGGGACACUACAUCUAGAACAGGGAGACCAUGUCUACAUGACUCUUCAUGCUCAUUCACACAUAUUUGCAGGCUUCCAAAACCGCAGCACAUUCAGGGGCUUCCUGCUUUUUAGAACAUAAGGAUAAAUCCCAUGAAAACAACAAUGGAAUGUGUUUCAAAUGGCACACUAUUCCUUAUAUAGUGCACUACUUUUGACCAGGACCCAUAUAUCUCUGGGGAAAAGUAGUGCUCUAUAUUGGGAAUAGGGUACCAUUUGGGAUUUAGCCAUGCUGUAUGUCAGCACAUUUCCAUGGGUAAAUACAAUGCUCAAAUUAGUAGAACUAAAAACAAAUGAUUACUAAUUUUGUCUGAAAAUAACUAUUUUGCAAUAAGAGUUUGUUUGUGAAAGUAGUGUGAUAUAAAAAAAAUAAUUUGACUCUGUCCAAACUUCUUCUGAGGAAUGCUCUGUAAUGUUUUAAAGGAACUGAUUAACGGAAAAUCAACACAUUUGAGAGAUUGUCAAAUGAUUCCAGAGUUAGCAUAUGAAUGUUGUGUGACAUAAAAUAUGGAAUUUAACUCAAAAUAUGAUGGAAUAAAUCUGAGAUAUUGUCAAAUCAAA